CAUUUUGAUUUUGUUUUUUGCUGCAUUGCAUCUUAUAAUACCCGACAUUUUGGCAUUUUCUUUUUCAUGAAUCUUCUUUACAAUAAAUACACCAUUUUUUGAUGCUGUUUAUAGAUUUUGUCUAUGACUUUUUUUGCUUGCUAUUUUUUUUUUUUUUUUUUUUUUUUAUGAUUAGAUUUAGAAAUGUACAUAUGUGGAGAACCAUAUGGUGGACAGAUCCCAAUCCGGUAAUGAUGUGUUUUUACCAUUCCAUUUCGUUCACAUCUAAAGGUUUCAUUUAACAAAGACCUGUACCUCAGUAACGCAGUAAAGCAGUAAAGCAGUAAAGCAGUAAAGCAGUAAAGCAGU